CCUGCUUGGACAGCUCGCAGGGCGCUCUCCGCCCAGUUCCUGGAUCGGCUCCUGCACUCACCCUGUAAGAUGUCUGUGGCUGUCAAUGGAGACGUGCAGCCAUCGUCAGUGAACGGCCGCCGGCAACCCCGAUCACCCGGAGCCGUCUACGAUCUGGCUUGCAAGGUGAUGCUGCUGGGAGAUUCUGGUGUUGGAAAGACUUGUUUUCUCAUCCAGUUCAAAGAUGGCGCCUUUCUAUCCGGCACCUUCCUGGCCACCGUGGGCAUCGAUUUUCGGAACAAAGUCAUCACUCUGGAUGGACUGAAGGUUAACUUGCAGAUUUGGGACACAGCAGGUCAGGAGCGGUUUCGGAGUGUCACCCAUGCCUAUUACAGGGACGCACAGGCUUUGCUCCUGUUAUACGACGUUACCAACAAGGCAUCAUUUGACAACAUCCGUGCUUGGCUUACAGAGGUGCACGAAUUUGCACACAAGGAUGUGGUCAUCAUGCUGCUCGGCAACAAGUGUGACGUGACCAGUACAAGAGUUGUCCGAAGAGAAGAUGGAGAGUCCCUGGCAAAGGAAUAUGGAAUUCCCUUCAUGGAGACUAGCGCUAAGACGGGUAUAAAUGUGGAACUGGCGUUCUUGGCUGUAGCAAGGGCGCUAAAGCAGAGAUCCAGUCAGCAGGAUGAGUCAAAAUUCCAGAUCCAUCAAUACAUCCAAUCACAGAAGAAGAAGAAAAGCAGCUGUUGUGGGCUCCUCUAAUUGUUGUUUGGGCCAUCGUUGAAACUUGUCAUUGUUGGAAGAAGCCAUGUUGGAGUCAACUCUGUUCUUUGGAACAGGAUCCACCUUUAGCCAUAGGUGGAACAAACUGAUUAUUUCAAACUGCCAAUACUUGGAAGAUGUCACAAUGGUGGCCCCACCAAUUGGAUUUUACUCAGGACGUUUUAGGACCUCCUUGCCACUUAUUACUAUUAUUAUUUUUUAUGUGUGCUUGAAA